AGAACUCGAGGCCACUCGGCUCGGCAUCAUGAAUCACCACUUCACGAGUCGCCAAUCUACGUGGUGCAGUUUCACAUCGUCCGUCAGAUGAGUUGUCAUCGUUAUUUGCAUGAUAAAUAAUCAUUUUCCGUUACAUAUGUAUGGCAUUUAAUAUCAAAGCGGCGUACGCAGCACGGGCCAGCAUUGUCUCACGUGGAAAUGUCAUUCCUUAGGAAUACCUGAGCGCGUUAGCAUCAUGGCGAGUGUCGUGGGGGAGAUGAAGGAGUCUCUGUCCGCGAACAACAAAGGAUAUGCGGCCCCAAGGACGAUAUCCUACGAGGAGAUGGCCGCGAAGCUUCUCAACGAGAAGCUCCUCUUGACGGCCCUGGAGUUGCACGCCGAAUUGUGCGAAGCUGGCAAGGAGCUGCCGAUCCUCAGGGAAUUCUUCUCGAAUCCGAACAACUUCGAGAGCUCCAACAUCAAGCCAGAGCCAUACACUCCGAUGCCCAGAUCUUCUAGUCAGGCCACCUUGGACUCAUUGGAUAUGACUCGAUAUUCCGAGGAUGGGGCUGGCGUCGACGAGAGAGUGGCCAUUCUCGAGUUUGAGUUGCGCAAAGCCAGGGAAAAUAUUUCCGCGCUGCGUGCUAAUUUAACUGUGGUGACAGAAUUGGAGGGUACGCUGAAGACACCAGACAAGAACUCUGAAAAGAAUCUGACUACCGAGCUGCCUAUAAAACCGCACGAGCAGCGAGCGCUGAAUUUUCUCAUCAACGAAUACCUCCUGGCAAGAUCGUACAAGCUCACCUCGAUCACGUUCAGCGAUGAAUGCGAGGAGCAGGAUUUCGAGGACUGGCAAGAUGUCGGGCUGAACAUUCCCAAACCCACGGAAUUGUUGCAGAUAUAUCGGGAGUACAUGAGAGCCAACGGAUAUGACAAACCCCCGUCCACGAGCGUCGCUGUGCAAACGGACUUUGUCGUCGAAGAUGUCGUUGAGCAACAGAAGGAUGAAUCACCGGAAAUGGCAGAACAGAUUGAAAGGUUGCAGCAGCAAAUUGCAGUGCUGGAACAAGAAAAGAACGCUCUCCAGGAAGUUAUUUCGUCGGACAAGGAGAAUGUUAUGGAAAAUCCGGUAAAGUCAGGUAGCUGUGGAACUAUCCGUACCAUAAAUUCCAACUCUACAACUCCUGACAAAUUUGAACUGCUUGAGCCGCUACCAAGGGACAUGUCGACCACUACUCAAGAACUGGAGGAAGACGAUAGCGCGUCCGCAGUAGUUAGCCUGGACGAAACAGAUCCGGGAGAUAAGGAAUGGACCAGGCUGCAAUUACCUAGAGUAAAUAUUACUGAGAAAUCCUCUGCCCUACCAACUGCAUCCUCCAGAGAUUUGCCGGCUAAAUUCAAGUCGGAAAUAGCGGCACACUGCAUGGCGAAUAUUUCGGGAUCAUUAAUAUCAUCGGUGGAAGAAUCACUGAAGCACGGAAUCACCCGGGAUACGUUAAUUGAUAUUUUAGCAUAUACUCUGCCACGUGUAGUGCCCAACAUUAUCCUUAAUAGACGCGAAGAAAUCAUUCCUCUUAUCCUCAGUGCGAUCCAUCUCCAUUCCAAUUCCAGCGAAAGGGAAAAGUUACUGCAGCUAUUGUUCAACUUGAAGAAGAGGCCGCAGGAGGACGAGCGGCAAAUGAUAUUGGCUGGUUUAAUCGUAAUGGCGAAACUCGCAGGAGAGCCGUUGGAAACGGAAGAAAUUCUAACGAUUUGUUGGGAGCAGAGUCAACACAAGUAUCCAGAGAGGAGAUUAUUAGCUGUCGAAUGUUGCUCUGUGUUGGCAUCCUACACGUCAGCUUCCAUCAGAAACUCGCUGAUGCUGUCAAUGUUGCAGCAGAUGUUAUUGGAGGACAAGGAUCCUGUUGUGCGAACUAGCGUAGUGAGAAGCCUCGCGCUACUCAUAGCUUUAAUGGACGAUCCUGACAAAUACUUUCAGUGCGAAGAACUGGUAUUAACGGCACUCCACGACACGUCGUCGAUCGUCGUCGAAACGGCGUCGUCGGUAUUGUUACCGGUCUUGGCACAGUGGGCAUUAUCCCUGAGGAGGCUGCACCUGAACCUGCUACCGCGCAUACUCUCGAAAGUUAAGAAUCAGCUGAAGCCGGCACACUCCCAGACUUCGCCAAACAAAGACUACGUCGACGAGGAGAAGUUGACGCCGUCGAUCAGCAUUCUGCAGUGCAUCUUACCUUAUACGAUUUUGUGCGUUGCCAAUGCCGAUGCGGUGAGGGCCUGCGUCAAGGAUGAUACGUCGCCAGACUUGUGUGAGUUAUUAGAGGAAGUAAAUGACAAAUAUUGGAAUGUAUAUUUCAGUAAUUACAAGAAACUUUGUGGUGCAGCCGAGGAAUUUCUGGCGUUGUGUCACUCCAAUAUCAUCGACCCGAGGGUAUUCUACGAGGAUUCCGUCGACGUCGGUGUUCUUCUCAAUACCUUCUUCUCCAAAUCCUGGGAGGACGUAUCCUGGCCGGAAUUAGAGUGGUUUACGAACAAGUUGGUAUUUGAUGUCUUGGAUAUGAUGAAGUCUCUGGACGCAGCUCAGGAAAAUGUUCUAAAAACCCUUCUUACGUACAUUUAUUCGUUGUGCGUAGGCUUUGGGAAAUAUAUCACACAAUCGAGGAUACAGACAGUAUUUUCCUCGGAAGUGUCGGAACUUGAGAAGCAAUUAACAGCAUUAUCGGCAGACAAGAAGAAUAUGAGUUUAGCAUUGAUCCCGAGUUACUUAGUGAUUCUGAGUACACUCGAUUCCACGGAGCUCGCAAAUCACUUCAAACAAUUCCUCGUGGUUUUAUCUAUGAGCGGCACCAGCAUAUCUUGGUUGCAAAUCGCUGCCAGUAUUUUAUGCGCUCGUGAACAAACACAAGAAUACGUGCUUGCAAGUUUAUGGGAUGGUGUAAUGCAUCAGAGGUCCUCUGUGAGAUGUGCAACAGCAACACUAUUCGGUUCCAUUAUCGCGUACAUCUCAGACCGAUUAGCGAACGCCAAGAUCGUACCAGCCAUUGUAACACUCGCCAGCGAUCCUGAAGUUGGUGUGCGUUGCGCUGCAAUCUCCACACUAGGCCGUAUAAUAACGGAGUGCAAGGUGAGAGAGGCACGUGAUAAAGCACGUUUAACACUGGAGACGAUCGCGAAGGAUCCACAAGAAUUUUCUCAAAUUUUGGCGACCUCAUUAGUAUCCACGUUUGCGGUCAUUGCUCCCACUUGUCCGCAGAAUUACAUAGAAGACAUAAUAGCAACGCUCUUAUUGACGAUUGCAUCGUUCGCGCUUCAACAGAGCCGUAAGACCGAAUUAGUAAACGCGCUGGUGGAGGCGUAUUCUGUGCUGGUUUACUGUCCGUUAAGUAGUCAAUGCGUUUCCGGAGUUGUAUUGCCGGGACUAAGGCAUCUCGAGACGCUGGUAAAUCAGUGCCUGCCUCAGCAAAGAGACGCAGUGCGUUCUCUGCUCAGAGAAGCGGAGUCCAGGCAGGAUCUGCCGAAGCCAAUAGAUAGGACACCCUCGGCGAGCUCCGGACUUUCCCUAUCGAUGGCGACGGUGAACGUCGGCCAAGGUGUCGAGGACAUGCGCCAGAGGAUGAGCAAAAUCUUUCAACAGAAAACCGGAUCACCCGGCAUGCCGAGUAUUUUCCGCAAGAAAUAAAAACUCCCCCUUUUGUCUUAUAGCAAAAUCAUGAGAGAGAAAGCCGAGGUGUCACAUCGGCGAAAGGCUCGCGAGAGCAAUCAAUAAGGUUGUUGUUAGACAUAAAUGUAUAAUGUUGUUUUAACAAAUGUUAACUUAUUUUUUUAUUGCGCUAGCUCUGUAAGUGAUGUGUAAAUUAUUUUGUUUAAAUAUUAACACGAUUUAAGGAAUUCAGAGGUGAGGAAUACGAAAACGUUUUUCACAUUUUUCAUUAAAAAAAAAAACUCGUAUGUUCAUUCAGUUAGUGUCUGCGCCUCCACAGCAUCUGACAUCUUCCUGUCCACUUUCCGAUGAUCCUCAUGUAGCUACCUAUAUUUAAGGCCCUAUUUUGUCAUCCUUAACGGUGUUUAUUGAACAAUUAUUGUUAGUAAACUAUUAUUAUUUUAUAAUGAAAUUAUUUUAAUAGAAUUAAAUAGUUAUAUUACAAUAAUAAAAUAGCGAGAAAGUUGUAAAACCCAAUAAGAACAAGAGCUAUAUUGAAUUUAGAAUUUUGUUACCGUUUUAUUAUUAAUAAGUAAGUUAUCAUUUAUAAAAGUUGCUCACUAAUAACAAUAAUAUCUUUAAGAAUUACGGAAUAGGGCUUUUAAAAAGAAAAAAAAGAGAAAAUAGAUCCAAAACGCAGCUACUAACAGUAAUUAAUGUUUAAUUUCGAAAUCUGUCACUUUACAUAGUAAUAAACAAACGUCAUAGAUCAUAUCAUAUAUCAUAUCAUAUAUAUCGCAUAUCAUAUAUAUAUAAUACACAAGUGUUUUCCUCGUAGAAUAGUUUACAAAAUCAGACUUUCUAGGAAUACACAUCCUGUUGCGUCCUGCUCUUGCUCCGGUUCUGUUUUCUUCAUAUUUCAUUUUUUUUUUCAUUUUAUAUAAUCACAGCUUAUCCUGAUGCGUCAACGAAACGUUGCUAUUGUAUUUUUUUCCUGUUUCCCCUUUCCGUUUGAUAAUUAAUCGACACAAUUGUCGGAGUUUUUUGCCGCGACGCGACUCGAUCCCGCUGGACAAUUGCGGAAUCGAAGUACGUUUCAUUAUCGCUCUCACGCAGUGCAAUUUUUCGUGGAACCCUCAUUUUGUUUACGCGCAACACCGAAUUUGCCGGAAUUUUCGAGGAUUGCCUAAAAAAAAAAAAAAAAAAAA